GCGCAAGAAGGCGCCAUAACGACAGUGGAUGCGCAGAGGCGGCUGCUGGCGUGGGCGCUGCUCGACCGCGACAACCACUUGUUCCUCUUUCUCCACCACACCGCCAUCCCCAUUCAGAGCUUCAGCCACAUCUACUCGUCGCUGCUGCACUCGCGCCACUCCUUCGUCGCCAUGGCGGAUGAUCCGACGGCCUAUCCGCGCGGGCUGGCUCCGCUGGUUCCGCAGCACAAGUUCGCGCGGAGCUCCAAGUGGGUGGCGGUGAACCGGCCGCAUGCAACGGCCAUCGUGGCGGACAGCAUGUUCUACCGCGCCUUCAAGCUGCACUGCCCCGGCACAGCAGCAGCAUCGAACACCACCAAGAGUGGGGCGCCCUCUGCUUCCUCACCUGCAGCACACUCACCAGCAUGCCGACCGGACGAGCAUUACAUCGCCACUUUCCUCAGGACAGUAGACCCCGAUGGAGUCGCCAACUUCACCAUCACCCACGAGCCGCACAUGACCGCUGCUGCUGCUGUGCACGCUCGCAAGCGGGCAGAGGCACUGCAGCGCAUGCGCAAGCGGCGGCAGCAGCAGCAGCGAGAGGAGGGCGACAUGAGGCGCGCAGGAGUAGCAGAAGGGCAGGGAGGGGAUGAUGGGGUGUGGCAGGGGCGGAGGGAGGUGCUUGAGCGGGUGGGGGAGUGGGAGGAGGUGGAGUACGGUGCUAUGAACAUCGCUUCGAGCACGUAUAGCCGCGCGCGCAGGCAGGCAGCACGCACAGCAGCUGCGAGCAGGCAGCACGAACAGCAGCGGCGGCCGCGAGCGUGCGCCAGCGCAUGCACACGAGGAGCAGUCGCCGCCACGCCCGCAGCAGCCGCCGCCGCGAGCGCAGCAACUGUAGCCGCCUUGAACGCCACGGACACCACCACGCGCCACUGCAGCCCUUACCCGCGCCCUGCCCCGUCACGGCCUAUGCCCUGCCCUGCCGCCCGUGUGCGCAGCCCCACGCACGCCGCCGCGCACGAGCAGGUGCGCGCAGCAGCAACUGGACGCGCACCAGCAGCUUACUACGCACUAGGAGCCGCGAUUAGCAGCAGCAACUACUCGUGCCUUCGCCACGCACUGCUGCCCGUGCUCCGUGACAGCACACCCGUUCCUCACGCCACUAGACAGUUCCUAACCGCUACUGACCGCUCUCCGUUCCGCUAG